AUGGCGUUCGCAGAGCUCUUGAAGAUGGCGGGGGACAGGGGGCGCUUCCAGAUCUUGCAGGUCUUCAUCCUGCUACUCCCCUCCCUCCUGGUGCCCCCCAACCUGCUUCUGGAGAACUUCUCGGCCGCCAGCCUGGGCCACCGCUGCUGGGCCCCCACGCUGGACAACGGCUCCCAGGUGCCCGCAAACCUCUCCCUCAAGUCCCUGCUGACCGUCUCCAUCCCACCCGGCCCCCGACAGAAGCCCCACCAGUGUCUCCGCUUCCGCCACCCACAGUGGCAGCUCCUGGACCCCAACGCCACGGCCGCCAACUGGAGCGAGGUCGCCACGGAGCCAUGCCUGGACGGCUGGGUUUACAACCAUAGCACUUUCACGUCCACCGUCAUAAGCCAGUGGGACCUGGUAUGCCAUUCCCAGCAUCUGCAGCCUCUGGGCCAGUCCAUCUACAUGGUUGGGAUUAUGCUGGGAUCCACCGUGUGGGGGCUCCUCUCUGACCGGUUUGGGCGCAUGCCAAUGCUGAGCUGGUGCUGCGUGCAGGUGGCUGUGACUGGCACCGGCACCGUCUUUGCCCCGAGUUUCGCCAUCUACUGUGGCCUUCGGUUCAUGAGCGCGUUUGCACUGGCCGGCAUCGUCUUGACCUCCGGGAACCUCAUGGUGGAGUGGACCACGACCCCCAGGAGGACUGUCACCAUGACGAUACUGGGAUGCUCCUACAGUGUGGGCCAGAUGGCCCUGGGUGGCCUGGCCUUUGUGCUCCGGGACUGGCGGAUGCUCCAGCUCACCAUGUCUGUGCCCUUCUUUGCCUUCUUCCUGACUACCUGGUGGCUGCCAGAAUCCGCCCGGUGGCUGAUUACCAUGGGCAAACCAGAAAAAGGGCUUCAGCAACUCAAAAAGGUGGCCAGGAUCAAUGGCCACAAGGAAGCCCAAAAGACACUGACCAUAGAGGAAGGCCCCGGGGGUGGGGUGACCCUGCAGGGGCCAGGCCUCUGUGCAGCGGGGAUCAACUUCCUGGCUGUGUCCCUUAGAUUCUCCGUGGCGUUUUCUUACUACGGGCUGGUCCUGGACCUGCAGAACUUGGGCAGCGACAUCUUCCUCCUUCAAGUCCUCUUUGGAGCCGUGGACUUACUGGGCCGGUCCACCACCCCCAUGUUGCUCAAGUUCUUCGGCCGCCGGGUGACCCUAGCCGGCUCCAUGUCCUUGGCUGGUUUUGCAAUCCUAGCCAACAUGCUGAUGCCACAAGAAAAAGACCUGUACCAGGGGGAGGGUUCGGAGCGGCGAGUGGGCAUCAAGGACUGUGGUUGGAAGCUGAAGGUUGCUCUCGCCACGCCCUCCCGCUUUGCCACGCCCUCCCGCUUUGCCACGCCCUCCCGCUUUGCCACGCCCUCCCGCUUUGUCACGCCCCCAUCCCGCUUUGUCACGCCCCCAUCCCGCUUUGUCACGCCCCCAUCCCGCUUUGUCACGCCCUCCUGUUCUCCCUGGGCUGGGCGGAGCUGGCUCUGCACAGCCGGAAGCAGUGAGCGGACCUCCCGGCACAGGCGGUGUGGGAGCCCGUGGUGCCAGAGUCUGACGUUCAGACCGCUUCCCCGGGGAGCUGCACACCUUGGACCCAGCGCGCGUCUUCGGCUCCCAGCGCGCGUCUUCGGCUCCCAGCGCGCGCUCAUGCGGGUCGGGCCCACAGCCAAGCCCACGAGUGGUCAUCCCCAGCCGGGAAAGGGCUGA